CUAACGGCACGGGUGUCAUCAUGUUAGCUACAUGGCUAACUAGUGAGAUUUUCUCAAGCUGAAAAAAAUUCCUUGAAGUUAUUGCAGAGCCUUGAACAUUUGCUGAAUAUUUCCUGAAUAUUUCGUCAUUACUGCUUCACGGUUAAUUCCUUAAACUUACUCUGGAAUUAUUCCACAGCAGCCGGUGAGCUAAGUGCUAACAGCUAAGUGCUAACGGCUAACAGCGCAGCGGUCUGCAUGCGUUACUGCUAAACAGUGGAUUAAGAUGGAGCUGCAGGCGGUGCUGAUGGCCGCUGGUGGUGGGUCGCGUAUGAUGGACCUGACCUACAACACGCCUAAACCUUUACUGCCUGUGGGCAACAAGCCGCUCAUCUGGUACCCACUCAGCCUGCUGGAGAGAGCUGGCUUUGAAGAGGUCAUAGUGAUCACCACGAAAGAGGUGCAGAAAGCACUGAGCGCCGAGCAGCGAGUGAAGCUGGACGUGAAGAUGAAGCUGGACGUGGUGUGCAUCCAGGAGGAAGCGGACAUGGGGACCGCCGACGCCCUGCGACACAUUCAGCAGAAGAUCAAGACAGACAUCCUGGUGGUGAGCUGCGACCUGAUUACAGACGUGGCACUGAACGAGGUGGUGGAUCUUUUCCGAGCCCACAAUGCCACGCUUUCUAUGCUCAUGAGCAAAGUGCAUGAAUUCACCGAGACCGUCCCAGGGCAGAAAGGAAAGAAGAAAGCAGGAGAGCAGCGGGACUUUGUGGGAGUGGACGGCACCGGGAAGCGGCUCCUCUUCAUGGCUAAUGAAGCAGACCUGGAGGAAGGGCUUGUCAUCAGGAAGGCCAUCAUGCGCAAACACCCCAGGAUGCACAUCAAGACAGGCCUCCUGGACGCUCACCUGUACUGCUUUAAGAGAUCCGUGGUUGACUUUUUAGUCGACAACAAGUCUAUCUCUUCACUGCGGGGGGAGCUGGUGCCAUAUCUGGUGCGUAAGCAGUUCAGGAAGGUGUUAAACGUUCCGACUGAUGAGAAACAGACAGAACAGAAUCAGAAGAAAAAAGACGCAAGCUCUUCUCUAGAGAUCUUGAGCUCUGCUAAAGAUGAGGGGCUUCUGGAGUUUGCACGAGAUCGCUCCUGCUGGAACGAUCAUCGUGGCGAUAUGAGCGAGGCGUACCAUGGAGGAAACCUCCGUUGCUACGUGCACGUCAUGGAGGACGGCGUGUGUUACCGCGUCAACACGUUGGCCGCGUACGUGGAGGCCAAUCGCGUGGUUCCCAAACUGGUUGAAGAGCCUCAAGUUCACCCGUCUGCUGUAGUGUCUGAGAGAAGUCUCGUCGGAGGUGACAGCAUCAUCGGCGCGUUAAGCCAGAUAGCAGACAAAACAUCCAUCAAACGCUCAACCAUCGGCACGUCCACCACAAUCAAGGAGAAAGUCAAGAUAACAAACUCGAUCAUCAUGAAUAAUGUCACUAUUGAAGAAGGGUGUAACAUCCAAGGCAGUGUGAUCUGUAACAGUGCCACGAUCGGACGAGGUGCUGACAUUAAAUACUGUCUGGUGGGAAGCGGCCAGUGCAUCGAGCCAGAGGCCGAAAGGACCAACGAUGUCAUCGUCGGAUCGGAUCAGCUGAUGGAGAUCUAGAUCCAGGGAGAAGAUAUCUCAUGGGCUUGACAAGAUGGUCACCAAAGAAGCUUCAUCUUGGACACCUCAACUUUUUUUUUUUUUUUUUUUUUUUAA